AUGGUUAGCAACAUGAAAUCAUUCAUCUUCUUGUUCAUUCUCCUUGUUCUAUCAAAAACCGUAACAUCAGCUAGAAAGCCAUCCAAAUCACAGCCAAAACCAUGCAAAACCUUCGUUCUCUACUACCACGACAUAAUGUUUGGCGUUGACGACGUGCAAAACGCGACUUCCGCAGCCAUUACCAACCCGCCGGGCCUCGGGAACUUCAAAUUCGGAAAACUCGUGAUCUUCGACGAUCCAGUCACCAUAGACAAAAACUUUCAGUCCGAACCUGUGGCAAGAGCUCAAGGUUUCUAUUUCUACGACAUGAAAAACGAUUACAACGCUUGGUUCGCGUACACGCUCGUGUUUAACUCGACUCAGCACAAAGGGACGUUGAACGUAAUGGGAGCGGAUCUUAUGAUGGAGAAGACAAGAGAUUUGUCUGUGGUCGGAGGGACAGGUGACUUCUUCAUGUCUCGUGGGAUUGUUACGUUUGAGACUGAUGUCUUUGAAGGUGCCAAGUAUUUUAGGGUCAAGAUGGAUAUUAAACUCUAUGAUUGUUACUAA